AUGCCGGCCUCAGCGCCCUACUCGCCCACGCCGGUCGCCUCCUCGCCACUCCCCAAGCGUGCAACGGACACCUUUGAGCCGCUCAAGGCACCCAGAGGCGGCUCCGCAUGGGGAACCCUUUUAGCAGCACUUGCGGUGGUGGUGCUGCUGGCGUGCGCGCCCCUCUCCUGGCGCCUCAGCACCAAGCCGUGGCGCCCACAUCUCUUCCCGCCUGUCUGCUGCCCGCCCACGCACGUGCACGCUCAGGCGGACCAGCUGCCGCGUCUGUUCAUGUUCAUCGGCACUGAAGGGAGCGGGCACGACCUCUUUGAGUACAUUUUUAGCUACCUGCCAGUGAACAUAAGCAUAGAUCGAUUCAACCCCGACCUGCACCUCACAUCGUCGCCAGGGCAGAAGGUGGCCUCGGCGCAGGACCCCACCGGUGCCACUGUCGACUGCCCCAAGCUGCCCUACUCGCGCCACGUCUACGACUUUGGUGUUCGCAUGUCCACCGCCCUCAAGUCCAAGCUCCAGGACACAAACUACUACCUGCGCGCCAGAGACCCCUUCCCCAUGGGCCGCAUUCGCACGCCGCUGGCUCGCCCGGACCUCAUUUCCCUCGCCACAUUCCAUGGCAUUCUGUAUAACCUCAAGCUCGUGGUGCUGGUGCGAAACCUGACAGACACGGUGCUGUGGUCAGUGCUGCGGCGUUUCCACAACGACGAUGUGGGGCUGCAGGCGAGGCUGAUCGAGGACAGCAUGGUCUACAUCGAUGCCUCGCUCAGGACGCUCCCGUGCGGCACAUUCAGCCUCAUCGAUGUGGAUGCACUGGUCAAGAGACCCAAGACCGCCUCUACCGCUCUGGCUCAGUUUCUGGGGCUACCGGGAGUGGCCAAGGAGGAGGUGUUCAGUGCGAUACAGCGCGGUAAGGAGAAGUGGGAGCCAACCCUCACAGUUCAGAGUGGGCUGGGAGCGACAGCAGACGGGGACGAGGCGGCAGAGGUCACAUUUGACGGGCAGGCACUGGAAGUGUUUUUCCAGCAGCGAGUGGGGCUCUGGCCUUUGCUGGACGCAGCUAAGGGAAAGCCUGUGUUUGUGCCACGUAACCCACAGGACUGGCCUCUGGAGUAA